AUGGUUGAAUUUGACAAUUAUUCUGGACUUCCUUUUGAAGAUGCAUCUCCUAAUUUGAUUCCUAUUUCACCAAUACAAAGGGGCCAUACACGUCAAUUGCCACUACGAUUGGCUUGGGCACUAACAAUCCAUAAAUCACAAGGAUUGACUCUUUCAAAGGCAACAAUUGACAUAGGACCAAGAGAAAGGGCAGGAUUAACAUUUGUUGCUAUAUCACGUGUUAAGGCCUUGGAUGGAAUUAGAAUCUCACCACCAUUUUCAUAUGAUCGUUAUGAAAAAAUGAAGACAGGAAAGCAACUUGCCAAAAGGAAAGCAGAGGAAGAAAGACUCAAAUCUUUGGAAACAUAA